GUUUGUUGGCAGCUUGGCACUUUGAUCAUUUGUGAGUCAACUAAGAGCAUUCUUCAAAUCCUAAAACCAUUCAUGACUACAAGCAAUGAUAUCAAAACCUCAAUUACCAAAGAUCAAAUGCAGAUUCCAAAUUUUCCACUAGAAAUCAUCAUAGAAAUACUCUCAAGAUUACCAGUUAAAUCACUCUUCAAGUUCAAGUGUGUUUCAAAAUCAUGGCUUUCUUUAAUUUCAAGCUCUCAAUUUGCUAAAUUCCAUUUAAAAAUAUCAGCAAAAGAUAACAAAUCCUCACACAAAAAGCUCCUUUUACUUUCCAUGUAUCUUCCUCAUACUUUAUAUUCCUGUCCCCUUAAUUCUGUAUUGCAUGAAAAAUCCAUAUCUAGUGUUGAUGAGCUCUAUAUCCCUUGGAAUCGAUCGAAUAUAAUAGCAGGUGUUGGUUCUUGUAAUGGAUUGUUUUUCAUGUGCAUUGGCAUGUACACAUUUAACUUGUUUUUGUGGAAUCCAUCUACUAGAAAAAAGAAGAAACUGCCUUUUUCUGGUCAUGAGUAUUCGAGAUGUGAUGUUACGUAUGGAUUUGGUUAUGACGAGUACAGUGAUGAUUACAAAGUGGUUGAAAUUUAUGGAGUUUAUGGUGUUCAGUAUGUGUAUGGUGCUAAUAUCAAGAUUUAUAGUUUGAGGGCUAAUUCUUGGAAAAUGAUGAAUAAAUAUAGUGAUGCUCUUUUUUCCUCUGAUUCUGCUGUAUUUUUGAAUGGAUCACUUCAUUGGGCAGUAGCACAUAGUAAUGGAUAUUGGGAUAUAGUUUCACUUAGUUUGAAAAAUGAGAAAUAUGGAAAUUUAGCAUUGCCUAAUCAUGAUCCUGGUAAUUGUAAUGGUUCCAUCUCAAAGCCAUUGGCAGACUCAACUGAUUUUGAACCUGGGAUUCUGAAUUGGGCAUUAGGGAAAUUAAAGGGAUGUCUUUCUUUGUUUUGUGACUAUUACAAAGUUAAGUUGGAUGUAUGGAUAAUGAAGGAGUAUAAUGUGAAAGAGUCUUGGACUAAACUGGUUUCUCUUCCUUAUACAGUGGCGGGAAUAGGGUCUCGGAUUUCACCAUUGUGUAUAUCAGACAGUGGCGAAGUGUUGUUGCACGAUGGAUCACGUGUUCUGGUGUAUAAUGCAGGAGAUAAUGAAUAUAAAAGUGUGCAGAUUCGUAACAUGGAUACUGGUGUUGGAGCAGCAACUGUCUAUGCCGAGAGCCUCAUUUCACCAAAUCUUGACAGUACUGAAAAUACACUAUAGCAGAAAGGUGAACUGAAGAAGCAACUAUAGAACUGCAAACUCCCGUGACCAGUGGCGAAGCCAGGAAUGUCCAAAAGGGUGUUCAAACUUGAAAGAAGUGAAAAAGUUUUCCCGAUAAAGGGUGUUCAAUAUAUGUUAUAUACCUCUAAAACUUAAUAUUUUACCGAUAUACACAGUGCACUUUUUCGACGAAGACCCUUAGGACAAUGUAGAUUCGCCCCUGGCUACUCAUGCAAGAAGCAAGCAAAUAGCAGCAGCUUUUGAAUUACUUUAAUGAUGUCUGAAAAUCAGAUAUUUCAUGUCCUACACGUCAUUUGACAUGUAUUUGUUAUAGAAUUCUUUUUGUAUUUACAACUUGUAACUUUUGUGUUUCUGCUGUUAUUUCCAUAAAGUUUUGCUAUCUGCAUUGCAUUUGAGAACAUACAAAAGAAUUCAUCUUAUGGAAAUAUCUGUUUAGCUUC